CUGUCAAAUACUCAGGUGUGCCGGUACGGGUUUCAAACGUCUUCGGAAUUCAUGCAAGUCCGCUAGCCUGAGACUACUAAAUUGUGCUUGGGACAGCAGGCACGAUGAACCGGGCCAUGUUUCUGAUGGGGCUUCAGCAUGUUAUUAACUUGCCCUCAUUUCCUCUGUUCUGCGCCUACCUCCUGAUGAUAUUCCUCUCAAAGUUCUGGCAGAAAUGGACAAAACCGCUGAAUCUCAAACCACUGAUGAUCCUUCACAACUUCACGUGCUGCUUGGCCAGCAUGUACACCCUCUACGGCUUCAUCAACGGGCUCUACAACAGCGACUACAUCUACUCCAAGACCAUGACAGAAGAGCUGCGCUUUGUCUACUGGGUCUACUGGAUGACCAAGAUCAUUGAACUUCUGGACACAGUGUUCAUGGUGCUCCGACAUCGACAACGCCAGAUCUCCUUCCUACACAUCUACCACCAUGCCAGCAUGCUGCUACUCAGUAACGUCGGCUACAAAUAUUUCCCCUACCCAAACAUCGCAAUAUUCCUGGUCCUCAACUCUCUGGUGCAUGUGGUGCUGUACUUCUACUAUGGUCUUACUGCUGUCAUGCCAAACAACCCUCCUCGAUGGCGGAAACAGCUGACACAGAUGCAGAUUCUACAGUUCCUUCUUGAUUUUGUACUAGCAAGUUAUGGAUAUAUGUACCAUAAUUUCUGCUUUUAUGGCCUUAUAUAUGGAAUAACUAUGACAUAUCUGUUUUCUAACUUCUAUUAUCAUGCAUAUGUACGACAGAAGAAACACCCUGAAGACAAGCUAAAGUCUAAUUGAUGUGUGUUGUUAACGCAGGGAUAAAAGUAAAGUACCUGUUCCCCAUGUUAAACUGUGCGGAGGGGAAGUAGUGUUUUAAAGUAUUUAAAAGGCAUACGUUAUCACUAUUCAGGCUAGAAAAGUUUCAAGAUUGAAUUGUAUCUAUAAUUUUGUAGUUGAAUGAUAUCCAAUGUAGUCUUUCUAGAAGUCUGACAUUGUUGAUAACAAAUGUGGAUCAUUGUGUAGAUGUCUGUGUGUUAUGGUACAAAAGUAAGUCUCGUUUUGUAGAUUAGAGUGUUCCCUUCAUAUAGAAUAGGUAGAUUGUAGCAUGAAUCAGCUAGUUAUAGUUCGGACAACAAAAGACUUGGAUCCUGCUUAUGUUUGAUGAUAGACCAGACAUAUGUAGUAUAUCAGCACCCACUGAUAUACGAUAAACGUUAGAUGCAAGAUUCUCUACCUUGAUCAUCUUGCACUGAUCGAUAUCUCAACCUGUAGACACUUGAGGAUUUAGAUCCUAUUUAUCAAACAUUUCUUAACAAUACUCAUUAUGUAGAUCUGCUGUUAUGGACAACGUUUUAUCUAUAGUUUUUGUUCAUUCAAUCAAACUGUGAAUUUGUUUUUAUCACAUAAGAUCAAACUUAGGGAUCAUUUCUUUACACUGUGCACAUGAGGACAUAAGUAUCUGGCUGAUGUCUGCCUCUCUCAGGUCUCACGGAAGGGACACCCCAUUCAUCCCAUUCUAGUGCACAACUGUCAAAAACAUUGGUAAUAAAUUUGAAACAGUAUGAAAGAAAUUGCGGUUUGUGUUCGUUAUUGAAAAUAGUCCUGUGUAUGUAUGAGUGCAUAUAUACUGUAAAUCUUGAAAUUAAUGCGAGCAUGAUUUAAAUGCAAAAAUGUGAGUGGUCUUUGCUUGCAUUUACAUCUCCAAAUGACUAUCAACAAGAAGACAACCUCACUUCACAUUUUGGAUAGCAGAAAUACCAACUUGGACAUAAAAACAGCUAUAUAUAUUCCACAUCACUGUUUAUUUAGCAGCAAUUUCUCGUGAAUUGUUACUGCUGGGUCAAGAGUUCUACACACUCAGGUCAAACUAGCCAUCACUCAUUACUCCAGCAACUCCAGACAGACGCCACCCAUGCAACACUGCUUCUUUGUUCCUUGCAACUGCGUCAAAGUCAGACAUGACCCAGCAUACAUGGAUAGGCUUCAUCACACAUGGAUAGGCUUCAUCACACUUAUCCUCAGAUCUACAGCCUUUGUCUUGUCCCCUGCCUCCAAGUUCGGUCACCUGAGCUAGUUUGUCUGCAGAUUGAGCAUUAGCAUAAGCCUUCUUCAUUCGCAUUCAUAUUGAGUCGCUAGGGGCCAGCAGUCACAUUCAUUUGGAGACGCAUUCAUUUCAAGAUUGACAGUGUCACAUCAGUAUUGCCUUACCCCAUUUUCCCGAGGCAAGUGAGUUAACUGACUAUAAAAGUCCAAUUUCCACCCUUGCUGAACUAGGCUGGUAUUAUGGAGUUACAUUUUGGCUGGGCUAACGAGUCUAUGCAUGGUCCAAUCAAAAU